AUGAUUCGUAACUUUUUUAUCAUUAUUUUUAUUCUUGAAUUUUCUGUCGUCGAUCCUAGCCAUUUUUAUGGUGGAACAAUUACAGCACGUCCUGAAAACGUUUCGCAGACGACUGGUACAGUACAGUUGAUAGUGCGUGAACGGUGGUCCUGGCGUAAAAGUUACUAUCCUGUUGCUUCGCGAUGCACUAAUGCUAUUAUUGCUGCACAAACUCCUAUGAUUGGUGACGGUAGCGCUGUGGCGUGUGUAUCUGGUGCUGCUUGCGGUUCUCACUGGAGCACUGGUGGUGCUACAAUGAACACACUUACUUGGUGUACUGAUUAUAGUGAAAAUCUUGAUACGCAUUCCGGCGAAUACUACAAUACGUUCCCAAUCCCAAUCAAUGCUUCAUUCAGUAUCUGUUUUGCCAGUAAUGCUUGGCUUAACGCAAUGGGUUCAGGGAGUGGUGGAUCUUGGAGUGUUUGCGGUCGAAUUAGUACUGUUGUUCGACCAGAUGGUUAUUUGAAUACUAGUCCUGUUGCUGUUUCACUUCCAAUUAUCUACAAACAAGUGCAAGUACAACAUGCACAUGUUGUUCAAAUGUCUGACUUUGAUGGAUCAGAUACUUUGAUAUGUCGUUGGGCUACUUCGUCAGGCAAUGUCAAUGGUGCUGAUGAAUGUGCUGGCAUAUGCCGUAGUACUGUUGCUAGUGUUCCCGCUUCUCUAACUGGAUCGAAUUGUACGAUGAGCUUUACACUUCCAAGAGCUAGAUGGUAUUACGGAGUAGCCUUGCAAAUUGAAGAUUUUUAUGAUAGUGCAGCAGUUACUGCAAAUAAGCCAAUGUCUUCCGUUCCGAUGCAGUUUCUUUUCUAUGGUUACAAUGAUUCCAGUAGUUGUAAUACUCCACCAGCAAUUAUUGGUGAACGACCAAAUAGGGCUUGUAUUGGUGUGCCGAUCAAUGUAACUCUUACCUUAACUGUCAUCGUACAAAUCUUUUGUGCCGGAAAAAACAUUUCUGAUUUUAUUUCAACCGUGCCACGUGGUGUCACGAAGGGUCCUAUUACAAAAAAUUCAGGCACUGGUAACUAUGAAAUGAUUCUUACAUGGACACCCCGAGCCGAUCAGUAUGGUCCUCAAGGAAUAUGUAUGGCAGCAAUCGAUAAUACAAAUAUUCCAUCGAAUCAAUGGUGUAUUACAUACUUAGUUGGCUUUGACUCACCUGAAGUUAUUCGACCAAAAUUGGUUCAAGGUUCAGCAUCACCAAUCGGUACUGUCUUUCAAAAUCAAACUACUUUUUCGAUUCAAACUUCGAAAUUCGUUAAUCGUCCGACACGAAAUGGAACUACUAUCUAUUUUAAUAAUGUCACUGGUGGAAUCGUUCAACAAUUUGACUGUGGUUGGGAUCCACAUGUAACAUAUACAGGUUAUACGAUUGUUAUUAAUUUUGAUACUGCGCCAUGGGUUCCUGGACAGUUCUAUUAUGUUACAAUGGACAGUGGUGUUGCUAGUGGAACAGAAUUUUGUGGUCCUGAAUCUGCACCAAUGUAUGAUCCAACUUUUUGGGUAUUUAAUAUAUGGAAUCCAGCAGUAUCAUCAACAACAACAACUACUACAACUCCUUUCACAACUGCAACAGUAACAACAAAACCAACAUCAACAACAAGUAUCAAUACUUUAUUAACAACAACUGGUAUUGUUAUAACCACAACUUCAGUUGUUACAACGACAGUAACAACUUCAACAUCUACAACUGCUACAACAACCACUCCUUUAACUGUAUCAACGACAACAACUGAAUCAAUACUUUCUCCAAUAUCUCCAAAAGAUUUUGAAGAAUAUUGUCGACAAUCCAUUGCAUUAAUGACAAGUCUUAUACUUAUUGCGUUAAUGCCUGUACACGGUUUAGCAAUGUAUGGACUAUUCACUAAACUGGACAAUACAUUUAAUCCAUCGCGAAUUCGAACAAAACAACGACAUAAACAACGAAUGAAGCGAAUUUUGUGA